AUGCAGGGUGCAAGUGACUUUCUAAAUGUAUUCAACAUUGAGGCCAGCAAGAUAUCUGUGACACUGUUCCUCAUUUUUCUUGGUCUCCUCUACUGGUAUUCAGUCCGUCCCUUCUCAGUCCUCUCACGAUGUGGCAUCAAACAUCCAAAGCCAGUGCCUUUCUUUGGCAACUUAUUCAUGUUUCAGCAGGGUUUUUUCAAACCUCUGAAUGAUCUUGUCAAAACAUAUGGUAAAGUAUGUGGGUAUUAUUUGGGCCGCACACCAGUGGUAGUGGUAGCAGACCCUGAUAUGCUCAGACAAGUGAUGGUGAAAGACUUCAGCAGCUUCCCUAACAGAAGGACAUUUGUGUUUGCCAAAAAGCCUGUAUCCGAUUGCUUGCUCCAGUUAAAGAAUGAACGCUGGAAACGAGUGCGGAGCGUCCUGACCCCAUCUUUCAGUGCUGCCAAGAUGAAAGAAAUGGUUCCGCUCAUCAACACAGCCACUGAUGCUCUGAUGCAGAAUCUAAAUGUCCACGCUGAGUCAGGAGAGGCCUUUGACAUCCACAGAUACUUUGGCUACUUUACCAUGGAUGUUAUUGCCAGUGUGGCAUUUGCAACUCAGGUGGACUCACAGAAUAACCCAGAUGACCCGUUUGUCCAACAUGCUCAGAUUGCCUUCACCAGUAAUUUCUUCAGACCUAUUUUGUUGCUUUUCUUUGCUUUUCCCUCCAUCAUGGCUCCUCUGUCGAGGUUCAUACCCAACAAAAGACAAGACAAGAUGAAUAAUUUCUUCAUUAACAGCAUUCACAAAAUCAUCAAACAGAGAGAGGAGCAGCCUCCUGGGCAGAGGCGCAGAGACUUCCUGCAGCUGGUAUUAGAUGCCCGAACCAACAAAGAGUCAGUGUCAUUGGAGCACUUUGACACAUCAAACGAUGCUCAUGAGACUGAUGUCAGGAACCAGCAGACCCAGUCUUCAGGCACAGUUCAAGAAAACGGCCCUCCUCAUUCACAGGAGCCGUCUGUCAGGCGUCCACAGAAAAAGAUGAUGACUGAGGAUGAGAUUGUUGGUCAGGCUUUCGUCUUCCUCCUGGCAGGCUAUGAAACCAGUAGCAACACUCUGGCUUUCACCUGCUACCUCUUGGCCCUCCACCCUGAAUGUCAACUCAGAGUACAGGAAGAGGUGGAUGAUUUCUACACUAGACAUGACUCACCUGAUUACACAAAUGUGCAGGAGCUGAAGUAUUUGGACAUGGUUAUAUGUGAAGCAUUACGCCUCUACCCUCCUGGAUUCAGGUUUGCACGAGAAAUAGAACAUGACUGUGUGGUGAAUGGUCAGCAACUUCCUAAAGGAGCAAUACUGGAGAUCCCUGCAGGCUUCCUCCAUUAUGACCCAGAACACUGGCCAGAGCCUGAGAAGUUCAUUCCUGAGAGGUUUACACCAGAGGCCAAGGCCAGUCGACAUCCAUUUGUAUACCUACCAUUUGGAGCUGGUCCUCGUAACUGUGUGGGAAUGAGGCUCGCCCAGCUUGAAAUCAAAAUGGCUUUAGUGCAUCUGUUCCACAACUUCAGCAUAAAGGCCUGUUCUGAUACUAAGGUUCCUCUUGAGUUGAAGUCAUCGAACACUCUUGGACCCAAAAAUGGUGUUUUUGUGAAAAUCACAAGAAGAGAACAAGGAGAUGAUCUGUCAUUGGCUGAUUAA